AUGCCAGCAGAAGAAGCAGCUGAAACAGCUGCUUCUCCUUUGUCAGCCUUUAAGCGAAUAUUGACUAUCAAGACCUCGUUAUCUACGAUUGGAUGGAAAGAACAGUAUAAACCUGCACUUAAAGAAUUAAUGAAUAUCACCAGAGACGGCAGUGUUACCGGCAAAUCCCAACUUUCAGACAAGACACGUAUGGCAAGAAGUCUAACAUUCCCAUAUACAGAGAAAUAUUGUCAACAUGCCUCUUACACACCCAUAAAAUUAACAAAUGCCCAGCAAAUCACGAAAUAUGAAGGCACAAAGAUUCAUACAGCGUAUAUCAACAAUAUUACCCUUCAUUUUGGGAACCAGCUUUACAUGGAAGAGAGAGGAUGCUCUGAAGAAGAAAUAAAGAAGACGAUAAAGACUGAUGUGCUUGAUGUCUGUCAUAAGCUCAAAAUGGAGAUCUCUGCUAAAAAGCUACCAACUCUUACUGCAAACUUCUUAACUGAAACAAUCACAAAUCAAAUCCAAAGCUUUUUAAAUGUGUACCCGGAUAAGUACAAUUUCGCAAAGAACUCCAUCUAUUAUGAUGUUAAAGCAAAACCGCAACAACACUUACAAGCAUAUUAUAUGCUGGCAAAGAUUUGUGAAGAAAACAACUCAAAGUCAUUCAGCUGCUUCCCUUUGCGUAAAGGCUUUAUUCCUGGCUACAUGACAAUCGAUGCCAAGAUCUUAAAUUAUCACAUCCUAAAAAACAAGAAAUUCGCUGUUGGUUCCAAGUUUGAUAUUUGGAAAAGUGUUGGAACAAUCGAAACGGAUGGUGUAGGUGUCUCUAUCGUCAAGCAAAACUUUGACCCUGCAAGAAAAGGUGCUUCUAGUGAUCGUUGGCGAAUGAUUACUACGGAUGAUUCUUUUGUCUAUGCUGGAAACUUGUCAAAAUCUGAACUACUCAAAACGAAAGAUAAGUGCAUACUUAUCGAUCCUGGCCGUGGUGAUCUUUUACAUUGUAUACAUGAAACAAGUUCUCCAGAAAAAAAGUCUAUUUUCCGAUACAAAAGGAACCAACGAGCAGUUGAAAUGAAGUCAAGACGAUAUCGUAAACUCAGGCAAAUCUUAAAGCCUGAUUAUAUACAGUCCCUUGAAGACCAGCUCAGUAGAUUACCUGCCUCAACCGUGAAGUCUAAAGUAUUUGCCGAGUAUCUUGAAGUGAAAGCCCAGAUCUCAGAAUGUUUAAAGGAAUAUUACUGUAAUGAAGAUGUCAUUUUCGGCACAAGUAAUUGUGAUGCUAUUAAUGACGGUAAUGCCAGUGAUAAUAUUAGUUAUGCUGAUGCUGCCAGUAGCAAGGUUAUUAUUGGUGAAGCUAGUCGCAGUAAUGUUGAUAGUAUAGAUGGUAUCGCCAAUGACGGUGAAGCUAAUUGUGCUAGUGACAGUGCUGAUGUUAUUAGUGAUGGUGCUGUCAGUGACGAAGCUGUUAGUGAUUUUAACGUUGAUGAUAAAUUUGAUACUGAACUCGCAAUUCAUCAAGUAAAGCGAUGCCUCAAGCGUUCUAUUGAUAAUCUCCAAUUUAUUCUCAAUGAAAAUAAGACUAAGAACAAGAUAGAGAAGCACGAAUAUGAAUGGUUUAAUAGUAUACUCAAGGAAGCCCAGUUUUUAAAAGUAAUUUCCAAGGAAGAAUACGAAUAUCAUCAUAAAAGGGCCAAAGACUUAUCUGAGCUGAUUAGAUCGACGCUCACGCCAUUACCUUUCAGAAAAUUAAAGCUGUCCAGCAAGAUCAAUAAGCAACAGUCAAAUAAAAAACUAGCCAAUGACUUGAAGAAAAAGUUUGGUAAAGAUGCGGUUCUUAUCUUGGGCGAUUGGAUGGUUAAUUAUGUCGAAUUUCAUGAACCUAUUAGAGAAAAAGGAAUGCGACUGAUGCUGCGAAAAGAAGGGUUCACUGCUUUGCUAAUUAACGAAUAUAAAACGUCAAGUUUCUGUCCUGAAUGUGAAAUUGGUGAAUUAGAAACCUUUAAAAUUAUGCCUACUGUUAAACGACACGGUCUUUUAAGAUGUAAAAAUCAAAAUUGUUUGAAGAUCCAACAAACGAGUAGGCUCUGGAACAGGGAUCUUGCCGCUGUACUGAAUUUUCGUUCUAUAUUACAGUCACUCAGAAAGACAGGCGCUCGACCUGAGAGAUUUACGAGAUAUACCAUGGAAGAUAAUAGACGAAAAAGAAAGGGAACACAGCACGAAAGUAACAAAACAAAAAAGCCAGACUUGAUUCCGCCUCGGUUAUUGCUGAAGGCACCCACAGUACAGAUAAAUUAUUGA